UUCUAUCUUCCAACUCAAUCAAUCAUUUUUCUUCUUCACUUUUUCUCUUUCUCUUUGUUUUCAUUUUCAGAGAAAGAAGAAAAUGUCUACACUUAUUUUACCUCCAAUUCCUCCUUCUCCUAGAGAUGAUGCCAUGCAACUCUACCGUGCUUUCAAAGGAUUUGGAUGUGACACAGCUGCUGUGAUCAACAUUCUCGCUCAUCGAGACUCUACGCAGCGUGCCUACAUUCAACACGAAUACAAAGCAACGUAUUCUGAGGAGCUUUCAAAACGCUUAAUUUCAGAGUUAAGCGGAAAGUUAGAGACUGCUGUUCUGCUUUGGUUGCAUGACCCUGCCAGCCGCGACGCAGAAAUCAUUAGGAAGUCUCUAAUUGUGGACAGAAGCCUUGUAGCUGCUACGGAAGUAAUAUGUUCGCGCACGCCGUCCCAGCUACAACAUCUAAAACAGCUCUACCAUUCAAAGUUCGGUGUUUAUCUCGAGCACGAAAUCGAAAUAAACACUUCCGGGGAUCUUCAAAAGAUCUUGCUUAAAUAUAUAAGCACCCCUCGCCACGAAGGCCCCGAGGUUAAUAGAGAAAUUGCUCAGAAGGACGCAAAGGUUCUCUUCAAAGCGGGGGAGAAAAAACUAGGAACGGACGAGAAGACUUUUAUUCAAAUAUUCAGUGAACGGAGCGGCGCGCAUUUGGCUGCGGUCAGUUCUUAUUAUCAUGACAUGUAUGGUCACUCAUUGAAGAAGGCAGUAAAGAAUGAAGCAUCGGGGAAUUUCGGUCUCGCGCUUUUGACAAUAACCGAAUGUGCUAAUAAUCCAGCAAAGUAUUUUGCAAAGGUUUUGUAUAAGGCGAUGAAAGGUAUGGGGACUAACGACGACACACUCAUAAGGGUUAUUGUAUCGAGGACCGAGAUUGAUAUGCAGUAUAUCAAAGCUGAAUAUUCGAAGAAGUACAAGAAGACAUUGAAUGACGCGGUUCACUCUGAAACAUCGGGCAACUAUAGGGCUUUUCUUCUCGCACUUUUGGGUCCAAAUCAUUAGUCAAUUGAUGUUCAAUUAUGUUACAUUUUGGAUAUUUUCAAACCUUGAUGUUUAAAUGUUUUGAAAUUUGGUUGUUUGUUGUGCUUUGGAAGGAGAAUUUGUAAGCAUUAUCAUAAAGACUCUUGGUAUAGUCAAGACUCAACAUUUCUUGAA